GCUCUUCAACGAGAUCGCCUGUUAUCUUGAAUGAAAUCACCGUACGACACAACGCUGAGUCACUGUUUCCAUUGUGAUCUGGUACAAUGAAAGUCAUCUUACGAUUUCUUCACACUCUUACUUUCCUGUAUUUGGUUAGACCAGAACAAACUGUUGUUAUUGAUACAGAAUGCGGACAGAUUAUGGGCAUCAAAAAUGAAAGUUACGUCUUCAUGGGAAUUCCAUAUGCAGUGCCACCUGUUGGGGAUAGGCGCUGGAAAGAACCCGCCUCCAUAAACAGAGAAACUGGAACUUGUUGGCAAGGAAUAUACCACGCUCUAAAAUUCGGUAACACGUGUGCACAGAAAAAUCCUCUCAACGAAACCCAAACUAUAGGAAGUGAAGAUUGUCUCUACUUAAAUGUUUGGACGCCUUCAAUAACUAAAAGUUCCAAGUUGCCAGUUAUGGUGUAUAUUCAUGGCGGAAGUUUACAAUUUGCCAAUGGGAAUUGGCCGACAUACUGUCCAACAGAACGCUUGGCUAAUGAAACAAACAUUGUUCAUGUGAGUUUCAAUUACCGUCUGCAUGCGUUUGGGUUCAUGGCUUUGGAUUUACUAUCGUCUGCUUCUCACACCAAAACAUCUGGAAAUUACGGAUUCAUGGAUCAAAUCACCGCGCUUAAAUGGGUGCAGUCAAAUAUUGAAAACUUCGGCGGAGACCCAAAUCAAGUAACACUAUAUGGACAGAGUUCGGGUGGGACAAGCGUAUUUGCACUCCUGGCAUCCCCUUUUUCAACCGGUUUAUUUCAAAGAGCGUGGUUGUUGAGUGCUUCACCUAUUUUGAACAAAACUCUUCAGGACGCAUCCCGGGAUAACCGAGUCUUUCUAGACCGUUCCGGCUGUUCCACUUUACAAUGUCUCUACGAACUUUCCGCAGACGAAGUCAUUAAAGCUGUUCCCUGGGAUGUUUAUCCGUUCUGGGCCAUGACGGAUCAAACCGACGUCCCGGUGAAAGGAAAAUUUGAUGGAGCUAUGGCAAUUGUAGACGGGUACAUUAUACCCCAUCCUCCAUUUGAAGCCUGGGAAAUGGGACGGUACGUUGAUGUCCCGGUAAUGAUUGGAACAACUGCCCAGGAAAUAGAUUAUCAGCCAGCACUUUCUAACCUUAACACGUUGACAUGGUCGAGCUAUGAAAAUUAUGUCAUCUCAAAGAUAGGGACGUUUGGAGAGGAUGUAGCUAAAAGAGCAUUAGAGUUAUAUCCCUUGUACAACGUAACCCCAGAGUACCAGUUUACUAGUCUGGUUUCCGACAUUCGCGUCACGUGUCCGAACGACAUUCUAGCAAUGGAAGCUGCUAAAACGUUCAAGUCACCAGUUUACCGAUAUGUGGUGACGUCAAUGCCAUCGGCACCGAUUCACAUGUUUGACCUACCGUUCCCAGCUCGAUAUUCAUUUCACGCAUGGGAUAUGAUAGCAUUCUUUGGAACUAUUGGCGAUUAUAUCAAAGUUCAACGUUCAGACCAAAUGUUUGCAGAUCUCAUGAGAAGGGAAAUGCUAUCGUUUGUGCAUACUGGGAAACCGUUCACAGAAUCUUGGGGAACCUUUGAAGAUUCUUUGGCUAUUCUCGAUUCUUCAAUAUCGAUUUCAAAGGCCUACCAUCCAACUGAAUGCCGGUAUUGGAUGAACAGCGUUAACAUGUGGUCUUAUGCUUGGAUUAAUUAAGUACAUGUACAUACCUUGCCCACCAUAAAUAAGUAUACACUCACCAAAACAAGUUAGUGGUGGAUAAAAAAUGAGUUACAUUGUUGAUACAGAUCUUUCGAUACAAAAUACAUAUAACUCUUGCAUAUAGAUAGAUGAUGUUAGGCUUUUAACCUUUUAUAUCCAUAUUUUUUAUUAGAAUACUUGAUUUUCGGAAUUUUUGAUAUCUCUGAAAAGCGAUGUUAUGUAAACCUUAACUUGAAACCGUUUCAAAGUAAUUUCUAAUACAUAUUAUGUAUUUGACGUGUACUUUUAUAAACGCCUUGAUUUUUCAGCUUUUAAAAUCAAUAUCUUAAUUUAACAGACUAUGCCAAAAUAGUGAAUGUCCAUUAUUGUAUCACAUAUAGUGAGGUUGUACCCUUAAUUGAUUAUUUUACUGAGAUAAUUUGAAAGUUAUAGACAGUGAAAUCAGCUACAAUGUGUACGAAGCUUAUGUGUAUACUUCUUUAUGGUGGGUAGUGUAUGUACCAUGUGCGUACCUUUCAUCCGUUGGAUACAUCGUGGUUUUAUCGACGAUGUUUCGCUGUAUGUUCAAAUAUUUUAUCCCCAUUUCAAAUAAAAGAAAUUGCAUCUCC